UCUUUUUUUUUUAUUUGUUUGAUUUGAUUAAGGCACACACCAACCCACAAUAAACAGUACACUAUCAUUUAAGCCUAAUGUCAGAACAAGAAACUGAAUCGCAUUCUCCUUCAGUCACCGUCUCACCCGCUUCACCUAUUUUACAACAGGACGGUCAGACUGAAGACACGGUGACCGAAUUAUCGACACCACUAUCCCCACCUCAAAUAGUGAUUGUUACUGAGGACGAUACGACGACUACAGUUGAAGACGUGCCAUUAUUAAACGAGCCUUUCACCCCACUUCCCGUCAGUUAUAGCACAGCCGAUGAAUCUGAAACAACUUUACCCGAUGAUGAAUCCUCUUCUUAUUCCACCGUCACACCCGAAUCUCUCAAUGAUGAUACAAAGCCUAUACCUGUAGACGCCGCCGAUUUUCAAGGUCCCGUCCUUGAUUUCUACCGAAAAAAAAACAUCUUGAUGACAGGCGCUACAGGCUUUAUCGGCAAAGCCAUUCUUUGGAAACUCAUUCAAGCUUUACGUCAAGAUAUUGGCCUUAUUUAUAUUCUGGUGCGAAGUGGUAGUAUCAAACGAAGUAAAAUUGGCAGACCUGAAGAAAGACUUCGUAACGAAAUAUUUAACAACAAGGCAUUUUUAAUCUUGAGACGCAUGAUGGGGAAGUCAACAUUUGAUGCGAUUGUCAAGACAAAAAUUAUUCCUAUCGCAGGUGACAUUAUCUCACCCGACUUGUCCAUGUCCGAACAAGACCGUGAAAAAAUUAUCGAGAAUGUUCAUGUCGUGAUACAUUGUGCUGCCACAUUGAAUUACAAUGAAAGAUUAGAUCUCGCUUUAGAGACAAAUACACUAGGCACACUUCGCAUGAUGGAUUUGGCAGAUGAAUGUAAACAUAUGGAGGCUUUCGUUCACAUGUCAUUAGCAUAUACAGAUCCAAAUAUUCCAGACGGUCAUAUCCAAGAAAGAGUCUAUCCAAUGCAAGUGGGCGAUCCUGAAGAACUCUUGACGGAAAUCGUCGACCUUGAACUUCAAGAUAUUCCCAAAAUGACUCAACGUAUCUUGGCUCAUUACCCAAAUACUUACACAUUCACCAAAUCACUCACUGAACACUUGAUCAUGAAAAGAGUCGAUCUCAAUCGUAUUGAGGAAGCGCAAGGUGGGAAAGCACAAUGGCCUGUGGCUAUUGUUCGAGCCACACAAGUUGGUGCUGGUGCCUAUGAACCUCUUCCUGGCUGGGUGGAUGGUGUCACAGGCGCAAAUGGCGCCGUCUUUUUGAUGGGAAAGGGAAUUCAAGUGUUACAACCCGACAUGGGUGAAUUAUUAGCAGAUAUUGUACCUGUGGAUUAUCUUGUCCGUGCCAUUCUAGGUAGUGCCGCUUUCAUGACAUUACCGGGUUAUCGUUUCCUAUUACCUUACAAUGAAGUUUUGGCUGACGGUGAUGAUUGUGAUAGUGUGAUUGUUCCCAACAUUCAAUAUUUCCCUUACAUCUAUCAAGUCUCGGCCAGCGGAUUUAAUAAAACCACUUGGCAUCAAGCCUACAAUGCGGUUCGAACUUAUUGGCACCGAAAUACCAAACUCAAUUUACCGUCCGUUCAGGAAUAUUUUGUAGCUAAUCGAUCUUUAUUCAAGGCCAAAUUCUUUAUGAAAUAUCAUUUACCUCAGUCCUUAUCCUCUGUUACCAGUGCCAUAAGUAGUGUCAGUAACGGCGGCAAUACGCGAACCAAUGCUUCCUCCGAUGCCAAUUCCACCAACCGUACCAUCGAAUUAGCGUCGCGUGUGGUUGAAUCGAUGCAAACAUUUUUACGUCAUCGUUGGAUAUUUGAUCAUCAGAAUGUACAGCAAAUGGAAACGGACAUGGUGAACGAUACCCAGUUUUCCUUGACCCAUUAUCAACAUUUGGAUUGGGAAACUUAUAUGGUGAAUUUCGCGUAUGGUGUCCAUGCCUAUAUCACAGCUUCACCACCGGCUGGUUUACGUAACAUUACUUUACCCACAGGAUGGGCAUGUGCACUUUAUUUGCAACCGGGUGCAGCGGCUCAUUCGAUCAUUGACAAACAAAUUGAAUCCGUCAUCUUUAGUGCUUCGGAUAUCCAAAAGAGAACCGAUCGUAUGUUACAGGAACUGAUCUUAUCUUUGGAAAAACCUGGACAGGAAUUAAAAGAUAAAAAGAAAUUGGAGGAAUGGGUGAAUGAUUUUGAUGCGAGUUUGGAUGAUUGGUGUCAUGAUGAUUCGGAUAUUUUAAAGGAUACAAAGAAUAUGACUCAUUUGGGACACUGGGUGCAUCGUUCAGAGUCGCAUGAUGAACAUGUUCGUAUUGAAGUCUUGAAUGAUGUUCGAGUCGGACAGAGUAUUAAGCAGAUAAUUGAAACAUCAGGCGUGCCUCAAAAAACAGUAGUAGGUGAAUCCCUUAAAAUCCUUCAACGCAUGAAAGAACGAACUCAAUUACCUUAUAUUUGGUCAGCUGGUGCCUUCUUGAAUGUCUUAUUUCAACGCCUCUUUAGUAGUCUCCGUGUGAAUGAAUUUGAUAUCGCUCGAUUGAAAGAACAAAUACAAGGAAAAAAUGUCGUCUAUGUUCCCGUUUCUAAAACAAUCAUGGAUCAACUUUUGGUCUGGUAUAUUUGUUUACGUUAUAAAUUACCCGUGCCUGCUAUUGUCUGUGAUGAAGCAUUGGCAUUACUAGGCCCUAUUUCUGAUAUACUUCGUAUUUCAGGUGCCUAUUUUGUGCGUCGUGAUCUCACAUCCCGUUCUCCAUUGAAUACCGCUGUUGCCGCAGCAUACACGGAAGUCCUUUUGAAAGAACACGGGGCUUUAUCCAUGGUCAUUGAACGUGCACGUUCUCGUACCGGUCGGCUUCAAACGGCAUACCAUGACGGCAUGAUUAAUAUGGUGAUUGACGGUACCCUUGGUAAAAACCAAUCGCCCAGCUCUUCCUCUGCCUCUUCACCCAACCUCUCUCCUACUCCGAGCCUAUCCUUUCAUUCAUCUUUCACGGAGAAAAAAGAUACUGUGUUUGUACCUGUCAAUAUCACGUAUGAAAAGAUCCCUGAAUUACGGACAUUAAUCGAUCAAGUGUUGGAUCAAAAACCACGUAGUUUGACUGUGACAUCCACGUUUUUACGUCCUAGUGCUACGGUGGCGGAUCGAGCGGCUACCAAAGAAAAUGGGUUGAUUGAGAAAGGUAAAUACGGACGUGCGUUUGUUGGAUUUGGUCAUGUGAUUGGUGUACGUGAUUCUGUGAAGGAAGCUAGUUUGCCUAUCAAUACGAAUAAGCGAUUAAGUACGAUUGCCGUUAAGGAUGAAGAUACAAUUGCAGAUUUCGUAGCUCGUAAAAUUCAACGUGGACAACAUGAUGCAGCGGUUGUCAGUCCUGUUACAUUAGUGGCUGCCACCUUGUUGUUUGGACGUGUCACGGGUGGUAUCACUCUAGGUAAGAUCAACAAACAUGUUACUUGGCUUCGAGAGGAAAUUUUGGACAGACGUAUCAGUAUCGAUUGGCAACCGGAUGAAGAUGUCAAUACCAUUGUAUCGUACGCUUUCAAUCUUUUAGAUGCCCGUAAUAAUCUCACCAUGGAUGGAAAACGUGUUACAGAUCAAACGAUUGUCAGAGUGGUGGAACAUGCGGAUAAUGUCAUGGAUCUUUCUUAUAUGGCCAGUCAGUUGAUGGAGAUCUUUUUACCUGAAGCUUUAUUCGCCGUUGUCUAUCUUUCGGGAACUGUGAAACAAAUGACACAUAAGGAACUUUAUGCCCAUUUUACUUUUUUGGUGAGGUUAUUUAAACAUGAGUUUAUCUACCCUUGGAGCAGAGAAGAGAAAUUCAAUACGCUUUUACAAUGGUUCGUUAAAAAGAAUUUGCUCGUGACAAAUCAAGAAGGAUUGUAUACCAAAGUCGUGACAUUUGAAAACAAUGAGGUAGAAUAUACACGUGUAUGUUUACUUGCUUCGUUUGUAUACCCCACAUUGGACGCUUAUUGGAUCACUUCCUGUUCACUUUCUGCGCUUCGUGAUUUACCUUACAUGCCACGUAAAAUCGUACCCGUGUUAUCUCAAUGGAUUGCCGCUCAUUUGAUCACAGGUCGACGUACUGUGUACCGUGAAGUUCUAUCAACCGAAGCCAGUCAGAACGCUGUAGACAACUUUUUAGCGAUUGGAUUUAUUGACGCUGUUCAUCCCAAGACCAAACUUUCACCCGAUGCUCAGAUUUUGUUACUUGAAUUAGGUGUUACCACCAACGAAGACCUUGUCAUGGUUUCCACGCGAAUUAUUGAAGAAAAUGAAGCUUCGGCUGGUAUUGACGAAAGUGAAAACAUUUUAUUGAAAUUAGCAGAUAUCGCUUCUCUUUGUCACGAAAUUGAAAAAUACCGUCUUGUGACAGAUAAUGUGAAUUUACGUCAUAACGCACAAGUCUUUGACAAGUGUCAAAAUCAAAUUCGGUCCAUUUUAAGAGCGGAUCAAAGUUAUGCUACACAACAUGGUAUGCAAUUGGAUAGAGAGGAAGAUCAAAUGAUUCAAUUGGUAUAUUCUCUUAAAGCCGCUUCCAGUACACCUAUUCUAUCCGAUGAUGGAUCUGGUAAACACUCACGCAGAGUGUCUCAAGCUUAUAAUUUAAAGUCUUCUUAACUAAAUACAUAUACAAAUCAAUUAAAAUAGUUUAGAGGUUUAAUUAUAUUUCAUAAUAUAUAUAUAUAUAUAUAAAGUACAUAAGAAAUGGAAG